UUUUGUCGAAACACUCCUGGACACUCGAGCUAGAAAACAGAGCACCCCAGAAUGCCAAAUCUGGGAGGGAUCUGAGAAGCUUCCAGCGCAAUCUUCUCCUCUGACAGACGAGGCCUGAGGACUUGGGGGUGGCCUCUUCACGGAGGCCCUCUUAGCGGAUCUUCCGGGUUACCCCGGCUGCUGUAAAGAGACGUGGAAACAGGGACAGCUCCGCUCCCCUGAGGAGCAUGGCCUGGGACCUGCCACCCUUCCCAGAGCCCCUCGGUGAGCACCACCCCCACAGCCCCCAGCUGUGCUCAACCAGGCCUGGAACAGGAAGUGCUCGGAACCUUCCCUGACGUUGCCAUGGCGCCCACGACCCGGAAACCAAGGGCAAGCUCUCCCGGCCAAAGCACCUUGGCCCCUAAGAAGAGAAGGGUGAGCCCCAGAUGUCAUGAGCGCUCUCGGGAUUCAGAGUCAGAAGGUGAACGGCCCGCAGCAAGCUUGUAGUUCAGAGACCGGUGCAACGAGGGUGUCUCUGUUCCACAAGCUUCUCUGUUAAACACAGCCGUGGCGGCGAGGGGGCUUGAGAGCAGUGUUUCUUCCCCCGCCCCCCCCCCCCCCCGCACGCCCGAGGGUCCUUGCCACUACCGCUCAUGAAAAUGCUGAAUCCGCGCAGAGCUCGGCUGGAACGCCGGAUGGUUGGCUCAACAAACCGGUGGCGUUUUCCCUCAAAGCCCUUCUCCGGAGACCUGCUGGGGCUUUCGCAGAGGUGCAAGGCUUUGAGCGUGGACCUUGAUGAGGCUCUGAAGAACCCAGACAGGUUAUGUGUUUCACAAAUUCAGAAAAUUUUCUCUGAGACCUCGAAGAACAAGCCCGUCCAAAGCAGGGAGGCAGACGUGAUUCUCGAAUGUCUGGGCUCCAGAUGGGAACUCCAUCAGCCCCAGCUUUUCCAGUCCGACACCUUGAGCAAGCUCUACCUGAUGGCGCUGGCCCAGAGCACCAAGAGGCCCACAAAGGAACUGGAGAGUCUUCUGCGAGCUCAGCUGCCUGGGAAGAUCAAGGAAAGACCCCCCACGAAGAAGAUGAUCAUUUCCUUGAAGAUCAAUGACCCCGUGGUCACUAAAGUUGCCUUCGCCAUGGCCCUGAAGAGCCUCUACCUGAGCCAGGUGGAGAUGAACGUCAACGACGUGCUGGCCGUGCUGGCUUCCGCGCACGUUCUCCAGUUCAGCAGCCUGUUUCAAAGGUGUGUGGCCGUGAUGAUGAAGGGACUCACGCCAAGCACCAUCAAGAGCUUUUACCUGGCCGGCUGCAAGUACAAGGAAGAGCAGCUCACCACUGCCUGCGAGAAGUGGCUGGAAAUGAACUUGGUCCCUCUGGUAGGGACACAGAUCCACCUCCGGAAAAUCCCGCAGGAGCUGCUUCACAGAGUGCUGCGGUCCCCCAGGUUGUUCACUUUUAAUGAGUUUCAUCUUCUGAAAACGCUACUUUUGUGGGUCUUCUUGCAACUGAACCCCAAAGUGCAGACAGUUCCUGUGCAGGAAACGGUGCUGGCAUUUUUUACCAGAGAAGGAGAUUGGAGCUCAGGGAGGCUCAGUCACGUGACUGAUGGCCAGCGGGUCCAGGACCGGAAGCUAGUCCAAGCUCACGGAAGCAUGAUUAGACAACGGAGGAGCAGACUCAUGACCUCCUUCUCCAGGAAGUAUUCCUUUCUGGAUCAGGACACGGGACAGAGCUUGGUGCCACUUUUCCUUUGCCUGCGCCUGCACGGCAUCAUCAAAGGCAAAAAUCUGGAGGAGUUAAGGCACAUUAACUUCUUCCCGGAGUCCUGGCUGAUCCGGGUUACAGCCAACCAUUACCACGCACUGGAGAGUGGGGGUGACAUGGCCCACGUUAAAGAUCUUACCACCCAGGCUGUGAGAUUCGGGCUGCUCUUUAACCAGGAGUAUACAACUCAUUCGGAAGUGAUCGCCAUAUACGGAUUCUUCUUUGAGAUAAAGGGAGUCAGACAUGAUACUACCUCUUACAGUUUUUACAUGCAGAGAGUGAGGCACAGUGACGUGGUCUGCGAGCACGGCCCCGUCAGCCUGCGGGCGGAACGCCUGGUGAAGUACGAGAUCAGAGCCCAGACCCUGGUGGACGGCCAGUGGCAGGAGUUCAGGACCAACCAGAUCACCCAGAAGUUUGGGUUCUCCAAGCCGUCCUGCAAAAGCCACGCCUUGAAAAUCCACACCGUGGGCCUUCCAAUCUAUGCAAGUUUUUCAUUCAUCUUCCCAAUGUCUUGACAGUUUCCAGAAGAACCUGUGGGAUUUUUCUUUCUUUCGCCAGGGUCUACAUAAAAGAAAAUAAAACAGCGUUAAACGGA